AUGGCUGCGACCUCGACGACCCCGUCCACGGCCAAUGGCUCCUCCGCCUCGGCCUCGUCAUCCUCGGAUCUGACCUCCAAGUUGGUGCCUCAGCUCGACCGCCAACUGGUGCUGCCAUUGCUCGACUUCCUCGAACUGCGCGGCGCCUACUCGCACGAAGAGGUGCUCAAGGCCAAGUACGACCUGCUCAAGCCGACCAACAUGGUCACCUACGUGCUUGACCUCAAGCGUGAGAUCGACGGCUCUUCCGAGGAUGCACCUAUGCCCGAGGGUGAGUGUGUGCUCGUGUGGUCGGGUCGGGUCGGGUCGGGUGUUCGUUGCUCUGGCUGGCCUCGCGGCGAAGUCGAGUCGAAAGUCGGGCUCGCGUCUUUGGCGGUGGGCUAUUGCGGACGCUCUCGAGUUCGGCCGCGGACUUGGACUCUUACCACGACCACUGCGACUGUACUGUGGAACACGUCAGACCUAACUUUGCUGCCCUGGACGUGCACUAACUCCUCUAUGCUCCCCUCUCGCACGAUCCACAGAGUUCAAGGCCCGUCAGGAGCAAGUCGUCUCGACCCUCAACGACCUGCAGGCCAAGGCGCAGAGCGUCAUGGAGACCAUCUCCAACCCCGAAGUCGUCGCGGCCCUGCGACAGGACAAGCAGCACAAUUUGCAUUACCUUAAAGAAUCCCACAACGUCAGUCGCCGCGGACGGACUUUACCCUUCAGGCUCAAAAGCCAAGAGCCCAGGGAGACAGUGGCGCUGACACGCUUCUACACCACAGGUCGACUUGGAGCAAAUCGCAACCCUCUACAAGUUCGGUCAAUUCCAAUACUCGGUCGGCAACUACGCCGGUGCUUCGGACUACCUCUACCAUUUCCGAGUGCUUUCGACCGACUCGGCCUUGGUCCUCUCCUCGCUCUGGGGCAAACUCGCCUCCGACAUCCUCGAAGGUGCCUGGGACGCCGCAUUGGAGGAGCUCAACGGCCUGCGAGAACAGAUCGACCAGCGUGGUCACUCCGGACCCGGCGGCCCGCUCUUGGCCCUGCAGCAACGAACCUGGUGGCUGCACUGGUCCCUCUUUGUCUACUUCAACCACCCCAACGGCCGCGAGCAACUACUUGAGAGCUGGCUCACCCAAAACUACCUCAACACGAUCCAAACUUCCGCCCCCUGGCUGUUGCGUUACCUCGUCGCGGCCGUCGUCAUCUCGCGCAAGUCGACGCUGCGGUCGACCGCGGCCGGCAAUUCGGCUCGAUCGCGCGAGGCCGUUCGCGACGUCGUCCGAGCCCUCGGACAAGAGCAGUACCAGUACUCGGACGCGGUGACAGAGUUCCUGCGCAAGUUGUACGGUGAGGUCGACUUUGAGGGCGCCAGGGAGGAGAUGACCUCGGCCGCUUCCGUGCUCGAGGGCGACUUCUUCCUUGAAGAGUUCAAGGACGAGUUCGUCGCCCACGCGCGUUACCUCGUCUCCGAAGCCUACUGCAAGAUCCACCACCGCAUAGACAUUGGCGAGUUGUCCGAUCGUCUCGGCCUCAAUCGCGAGGAAGGCGAGAGGUGGAUCGUCGAACUCGUGCGCGAUGCCCGCUUGGACGCCAAGAUCGACUUCAAGGAGAACACGGUGCAGAUGAACCACUCGCAGACGCCCGUCUACCAAGCCGUGAUUGAAAAGUCCAAGGGGACCUUGAUCCGAUCGCAAGCCAUGGCGAGCGCGAUCGAGAUCCGUGCCGCGGGUGGAACGGUCGAUCGGGAAGCACGAGGGGAUCGUGGCGGGAACAGGGGUGGACGUGGUGGGCGAGGAGGGAGAGGUGGGUCGGCCGGCGGUCGUGGUGGUCGAGGUCAAUGGAACGAGUCGGGCGAGGCGCCGAGCGCUGCCCCCGCGGUCGAAGCCUCGGCCUGA